GCUAUGUCAGAUGAAAAUGAGCGAUUUACUGUUGCACCUGAGACGUCGCGACAUUUAGAAGAUACUUCAUUAUUUUAUCGACAAGAAUUUCUAACGAGUUGACCAUUUUAACUGAGGUGGUAAUUUAUGUUGUUUUCAGUAUUUACACUGAUGAAGACGUCGAGAAUGAUGCAAGUUUAGCAAUAGAGGCAACUGUUGCAGCGAUAUGUGCCACACGUGAUGGUAGCAUAGAAAUUAAUGAUUACUCAGGAUCUUCAUUGGUCAGAACCAUGGGUGAUGGUUGUAUGAAUCCAUCAGAGGAAUAUCCAUCAGGCAAAGAAAUGACUUCAGAGGAAUUAAAACAGGCGAUUGUAUCGAUGAUGUUAAGAAAAGAUGAAGUUGAAGAACGUAACAGGUUGUAUUAUCGUCCUUCGUUUAAUAUUAACAUUCCAUUCGAAUAUACACUAUUUUGCCCUGAUUUUUCCUUCGGUCAUCUUUCCUGUAGAUCGUUACAACAACAUUUGGAAAAAGAGAUGAUGAAGUCAGCUUCUCUUCGUCUUCAAUUAGAAGAUUUAAAAAGAGCUAUGUCGUCGAAAGAUGAAGAAAAUUGCGUCGCUCUUAACGGCUUGAAACGGCCGUCAACACCACUGACGCCCAACUCCGCCCCGCGGAGGGCGCCGCCGCCCGCCCCCGGCGCCCCGCCCGCCCCGCCCCGCCCUGCUCGGUUUGUAACGGCUUGAUGGUUCUUGAAAUAUGAUAUAUUGAUAUGUUUCACGAAUACUGCACGUGAAUUAGCACGUGAUACCCCAUUAACUAGCAUCGAACAUUGAACUAUUGAACAGCAGAACUACCGAUUGAGAAUUACGAUAAUAAGAAGGAAACACAUAUUAGAGACAGAAGUGUAAGAACUUUGUGAAGAGAAGAACCAAGAGCUGCCCUAGAGUAGAGAUGCAAAUUUUCUGUUAAUUAAAGUUAUGAUAUUAAUUGCUGGGAAAAUUUGGGUUGUAUUUGAGCUAAAAUUUCCCCUAAAGCCCAACGGUCCGCGAAAGAAUAUAACGCGAAAAGGCUGAUAUGAAUUCUUAACUCUUGCUUUAUUCUGGCGUGUUUCGUGAAAUAGGAAACAAGUUAUUUUGCGCAAGAAUGACAUUAAACAUUAAUUAGAAAACUAUGAGUGUAUCAUGCAACACAAUUAAACAUAUUUUCAUGUGAAAA